AGAAUGUCGAACUCGACGACAAUGGCAGGCUGUUCCACUGGCCUCACGGGCGCCUAUAAAAAGAGGUUCAUGGAAGCGUUGCCGCUCGCAAGCAUACACGCGGCACCAUUCACGUGCCUUUAGUCAUAGGACUGAUGGCUCCUUCUUCUUUCUCUUUCUGCUACUCGGCUGUUGUCCUGCUCUGUCUCUGCACAGUCGCUUCGGCGCAGCUCUCCCCUACUUUCUACAACACGUCGUGUCCAAAUGUUCUCUCCACGAUCCAGACUGGAAUUCAGGCGGCGCUCCAGGCAGAUUCCAGGAUGGGUGCCUCUCUUCUUCGCAUGCAUUUUCAUGAUUGCUUUGUCCAAGGAUGUGAUGGAUCGGUGCUUCUGGAUGACACUGCAAAUUUCACGGGAGAAAAGACGGCGUUCCCCAACAACAACUCGCUCAGAGGCUUCGAGGUCAUCGAUGCCUUGAAAUCCAGCGUCGAGGCUCUGUGCCCCGGCGUCGUUUCCUGUGCAGACAUUCUUGCAGUCGCUGCCCGUGAUUCAGUCGUAACGCUGGGAGGCCCUACAUGGACGGUGCCGCUUGGAAGAAGAGAUUCAACGACGGCGAACAUUAGCUUAGCCAACACCAACCUCCCAGCACCCACCCUCAACUUGAGCGGCCUCAUCACCUCAUUUGCAAAUCAGGGACUAACCGCUGCAGAAAUGGUUGCCCUUUCAGGAGGUCACACGAUCGGACUGGCGAGGUGCGUGAGCUACAGAGACCACAUCUACAACGACAGCAACAUCAAUGCUAAUUACUCGGCUUCGUUGAGGGCCAUCUGCCCCUUCUCCAGCGGCGACGACGUUCUCGCGCCGCUCGACGUCGCCACCAACGCGACCUUCGACAACCGAUACUACACCAACCUGCUAAGCAACCAGGGGCUGCUCCACUCGGACCAGGAGCUGUUCAAUGGAGGCUCCACCGACGCGCAGGUCACCUCCUACACCACCAACUCCACCGCCUUCUUCGCCGACUUCACCAGCGCCAUGAUCAAGAUGAGCAGCAUCGGCGUCCUCACGGGGACGAGCGGACAGAUACGAACCAACUGCAGAAGAGUUAACUAGAUGUUGCUUUUUAAGACAAGACGUACGCCUCUUUGUUUGUGCUAUAUGCAUCAUACAUUAUUGUGCCUAUACGUAGCAAGACGCUUUUAGAAUAAGCCGGAUCAAGAUCCGAUUGCUUGCUCUACAUUUGCUGUGUAAUCCUUCUUACGAGAUCAAAUGAAGCAAAGAGAGAAUAAAGAUAUCAGAGAAAUAUAUGGAUCCAUUUGAUGUUAGUGGAAGAUAUUAUAUAUAAUAAAUAGCAUAUGGUUGAAGGCAA